GACAAUUUCGGGGGGUCCCUGGGGGGUGUCGAGGCUGCCCUCCGGAAGCACGAGGCGAUCGAGAGCGACAUCUCCGCGUACGGGGCGCGGGUCCGUGCGGUGGCGGCGGUGGCGGCGGAGCUGGAGGCGGAGCGCUAUCACGACAUGGGCCGUGUCGCGGCGCGCCGGGAGCGCGUGGAGCGGCUCUGGGAGGGGCUGCGGGACCAGGUGAAGGCGCGGCGGGAGCGGCUCCAGCGGCACCUGGAGCUGCAGCGGCUCCUGCGCGACCUGGAGCAUCUCAUGGCCUGGGUGGAGGAGAUGGAGGCCCGGCUGCGCUCCCGUUCCGUGGGCUCUCACCUGGCUCAGGUGGACGAGCUGCUGCAGCUCCACGCGCUGCUCGAGGGGGACGUGGCGGCUCAGGCCGAGCGGGUCCGGGGGCUGCGGGCCCAGGCCGAGAGAUUCCUGGGGGAGGGGGGCGGGUACCAGCCGUGCCCCCCAGAGCAGCUCCGUGCCCGGGUGGCCGCCCUGGAGCUGCGUUACCGGGAGCUGUCGGCGCUGUCGGGGCGGCGGCGGCUGCUCCUGGAGAGCUCCCGGCGCCUCUGGAAGUUCCUGUGGGACGCGGGCGAGGAGGAGGCCUGGCUGCGGGAGCGGGAGCGGCUCCUGCGCUGCCCGGAGCUGGGCCGGGACCUGCCGGGGGCCCUGCGGAUGCUGAGCCAGCUCGAG